AUGGCGGAUCUACCAGAGUCGCAGGUGUUGCAAUGUCGUCCGUUUUCUUGCGUCGGUGUUGACUACGCCGGGCCUAUACCUAUGCGUGACAAUAAAUUACGAAAAUCUAGGACGUACAAAGCGUAUAUAGCCGUAUUCGUGUGUAUGAGCGUCAAGGCCAUCCAUUUGGAAUUAGUAUCAGAUUUGUCCACUCCGGCCUUCCUCGCCGCCUUCGACCGGUUCGUCGCUCGGCGCGGCCUGCCUACGACGGUCUAUUCCGACUGUGGAACAAAUUUUGUUGGUGCUGACAGACAAUUGCGUCAGCUGAUUAAUAGCCCCGCAGCACAAUCUAUUAUUACGUCGGGGAAGUCCUACUGCGACUGGAAGUUUAAUCCCCCCAGUGCACCACAUUUUGGUGGGUUGUGGGAGGCAGCAGUACGCUCGUGUAAACGACUGCUCGUACGAAUCAUGGGUGCGCACGCGUUCACGUACGAAGAAUUUACAACCGUAUUGUGUCGAGUUGAAGCCGUGCUGAACUCACGCCCCCUCACUCCAGCAUCGACCGACCCUCACGACCUCGACUGUCUAACGCCCGGCCAUUUUUUGAUAGGCCAGCCGCUGUUAGCGCUCCCGCCGCGUACUACUGAGUGUCCGGAACGUCCGCUCACGGACCGUUGGAAGCUGUUGGACCACUGUCACCAGCACUUCUGGCGUCGUUGGUCGACGGAAUAUUUACAUACAUUACAAGAAAGAGGAAAGUGGACACGCGACCAACCAAACAUUGAAGUCGGACAGAUGGUCACCAUCAGAGACAGCCUAGCCCCCCCUUUGGAGUGGCGACUUGGGCGGGUGCUCGAGGUGCUACCAGGUGCGGAUGGUGUGGUGAGAGUUGUGCGCGUUCUGACCUCGCGCGGUAUAGUCACUCGUCCUGCUGCCAAGCUCGUUUUAUUACCUGGUAAUGGUACAGGUCCCCUUAUUUAA